GUUGAGUCGAAGGCCUACCAUCUGCGCUUCGGGUUCAAGCAGCAGUUCACCUUCGGCGACACGAAUGUCGUCGGCUUCUCCUCCUGGGUCUACACCGAGCCCGACGUAUCGUGCAAGCAGCUGAUGCGGGCGUAUGAAAAUGUAGCGACGCACGUCCGGAGCGAUCUGUUUGCAGUCACUGCGGUCUCCGCGGAGCUGCUCCUCGUCGCCGCCGCUGGCAAGGCCGUGGCGACGGCCCCCCAGCUCUCGCAUCCGGGUGUUCUAUCCCGCCUGCCCGAGGGCUUACAAGCCCUCCAGACGACGGCCCAGCAGGCAGCACUCAAGUCGGCCAUCGGCGUCAUCUCGACGGUGGUCUACGAAUUCGAAGCAGGCCGGUACGGCGCCGACUGGAGCUUUGCGGCUGUCAACGAGGGGUCAGCGGCGUUCAAGCUCUCGCGGUCAGCCGCCACCGUCGGGAUUGGGCAACUCACGGACAGUACGACGCAAGAGGAAGCCGCCAAUAUGAUUGCCCAAACGGUGGAGGUCGUUCUCGGGGUCGAGACCACCGGCGACAAGGGUGAACAGGCCUUCGCAUUGGCGGUGGAAGACUCCAAGGGCGUCAAACGCAAGUUUUCGCCCACCCUGGGCGCUAUCACGGAGGGCGUGGACAGCCGCUCGGGCAUGAUCCUCAGCGUCGACCCAGCGGAGGUCGUUGACCUGAGCGAGGACACGAUGCGCGCGGCGAGCACAGCCGAGGCCGCUGCGCCUGUUCUGUCGGCGCCCGGCGUGAACGACCCAAGCAUCCUCGGGCUGAUCGCGCAGGCCACGGCUGGCAUGACGGGGUCGAUCACGAGCGCGCUUGGAGUCGCAUCCACAGGAGCGAACGACAUGAACGAAUACUUGGGCCUCCCCAAGGAUGCGCUGGCGUCGAUGGAGGCCGCGCAGCUCGCUAAAUGGUCGGCCACCCAUGCGGGCCUUAAAGCGACGCCCGACAAGCCAGCGGUGCUCAAUGCCGCUCGCGAGGUGUUCGACGCCCUCGGGCUGCCCUGCGAGUCGUGGGACGGCAGCACGAUCAGCGGCACUUUCAAGAAGGCACUUCAAGUGCUCUACAAGGUCAUCCAAGAUUCGGACCUCAAGGAGACCAGCAUGGCGAAGCUCUUCGACACGCCGCCCGGGGGGGCCACGUUCCCGCGCGCGAGCAUAAUGUUUUCCACGGACAAAGGGGCGGCGGCCAACAUGCUCGUCUCGGGCCUGGAGAAGUACUUCUCCGACACAACCGUGAGCGAUGACCCCGCUUUAUUGCUUGAGCUGAUGCGCCUCGCUGCAGUUUUGGCGUUCACUGCGAAGCAGAAGCGCAGCGUGAUCAGGACAACCGCUGGGGCAGUCAAGCCAAUGAUCGACGCGGCGAUCGACGCGCUCACGAACCCGAGCUUCAUCCAGAACGACUGGUUCGAGCGAA